UGUUUUCUAUACAGAUUUGUAAGGAUGCCUAGGAAACCAAGGUACAACAUUAUACGGGAACCCCCAAAAGAUGCCAGAACUAAUGCCGGUACUGAAGAGACAACGGUUGGGUCCACGACUAGAGGAGCUCAGACAUCACAGGAGCAACCACGUGAUAGGGCUCCUCCGAUUUCAUCCUCAGCUAAUAGAGCUCCGACAACCCGUAUGAAUGAACCAUUUCGUGCACCGCGCAUCGAUCAUAGGAAUGCACAGUCGAGUAUUGCUGAUGACCCUCAAACUCCAACUGACAACAUAGAGACUCGGCAUCGCGCGGAAGUGGCUGAUCAUGAAUUAGGGGAUGAGGAUUACGACCCAGAAGCGGAUGAAGUUCUGUCGUUUGAUGACUACAUCAAUGACUUGUUUGCUACUCAAGAAGUCGAAGGUCAGUAUAACAACAAGAAAUCCAAAGAUACAAAUUUCUGGGAAGUUACUAUUAUCGAGGAUGGCGUGAGAAAAUUUUUUAAGCUGAGCGUGAAGGAGGCUAUAGCCCUCCAUUCCAAUACAAAGAUAGUACUCCCAUUUAACAGUGAGCUGCAACCAAUUGGUCAGGCGGCAUGA